UGCCCUAUAUAUUUUAUUUAUCUAUGAAGUUAUUGGUCUGUUGUGAUGAUUUAUCACAAUUAAUACAUAGAAGUAUCAGUGUGGUCACCACUGUAAGCUGUAGUUCACCCUAAAGAAGAUCCGAGUGGUGCUAGGACCCUGAAGAUCGGCAGGAGGCAGCUGAUAUCAGUAUGUAUGCUAGCAGAGGCUAGUGUUGUCACAGGGAUUCAUGAACUACAUUUACGACACAGAUUUUAAUACUUUGAUUGAGACUUAGUCAUGUCUCAGGUGGAGAAGAAGGCUGGGCUGUUGAGGAGGACGUCAUCCUCUAAGAAACCCUUGAAAGAGAAGGUGGUGCUGAUGUAUGAUGAGAUUUUUGCGAAAGAAGACCCGGCGAAGAACAACCCCCGCUUCUGGGAUGAGCUGUUUCUUAUGAAGGUGAACCUAGAGUACCUGGAGUCCAAGUUGGAGAGUGUAGAUGGUGAGGAGGUUCAGCGGAUCCAGGACAACAUCAACUCUCUGUUCCAUCACUGUGUGCAGGCUCUGGGAGAGGAGCACCAGAUCAAAGUGGUCAAUGCCCUACAGACUCUCUGUGCACUUUUCCGGGGGGUUCACCAGAAGAACAAGUCUGCGUCUGGCUUCGACAUCAUUAACAUGCUUAUGGGGUUUGACAAGGCCGAGCAAAGGAUGAAGGACCUGAUGGAGAGACUGGACAGCCUUCUUUGUGGAGACGGCUCAGAGAGUCUGAAGAGUCUAUGUCUCAAACUGCUGCUGUGUCUGGUGACGGUAACAGACAAUAUCAGUCAGAACACCAUACUGGAAUAUGUGAUGAUCAACAGCAUCUUUGAAGCCAUUCUACAGAUCCUGUCAGAGGUGUCCAGUAGAGGGCAGCAUGGUUAUGAUGCUGUAGUCCUUCUUGCCCUGCUGGUCAACUACAGGAAAUAUGAGUCUGUGAAUCCGUACAUUGUGAAGCUCUCCAUUGUGGAUGAUGAGCCAACACUAGAUGGGAUGGGUAUGGUUGUUCACCAAGCUCUGACAGAAUAUAACAGGCAGUACAAAGACAAAGAGGAGGAGAACCAGGGUGGGUUCUUCUCUACCCUCACAAGUAUGGUGGGCAACAUGUUUAUAGCAGAUGCUGAUGAGAAACUCUCUGUACAGACAAAUGAGGCGAUUCUGCUGGCACUCUAUGAGGCAGUACACCUGAACCGCAACUUCAUCACAGUGUUGGCACAGAGCCACCCCGAGAUGGACAUCGCAGCCACACCUAUCACCCCUACUCCAACUACACCUACCACACCACUUGGCACAACGCCGCCCUCCCUAGACAUGAUGAACAACCCAGAGCUGCCUCUGGAUCCCAACCUGCAGACCAGCAACCUUCUUAUCACCUUCCUCAAGUAUGCCUCCAUUGUAAUGCAGGAUACUAAAGAUGAGCAUCGACUUAACAGUGCCAGACUGUGCCUAAUCAUCCUCACCUGCAUAGCCGAGGACCAGUAUGCUGAUGCCUUUCUACAUGACGACAAUAUGAACUUUAGAGUCAAUCUUCACAGAAUGCCAAUGAGACACAGAAAAAAAGCAGCAGACAAAAACAUCCCUUCGCGACCACUGGUGUGUGCUGUUCUAGAUCUGAUGGUGGAGUUUAUUGUCACUCAUAUGAUGAAGGAUUUCCCAAUGGAUUUAUACUUGCGCUGUGUGCAAAUCAUCCACAAACUCUUGUGCUACCAGAAGAAGUGCAGAAUCAGGUUACACUACACAUGGAGGGAGCUCUGGUCAGCUCUCAUCAACCUGCUGAAGUUCCUGCUGUCAAAUGAGACCACACUGCUGGCCAAGCACAACAUCUUUCAUCUGGCCUUACUGGUAGUGAACCUGUUCAACAUGUUCAUUACAUAUGGUGACACGUUCCUGCCCACCUCCAACAGCUACGACGAGCUGUACUAUGAAAUCGUACGAAUGCACCAGGUCUUUGACAACCUCUACUGUAUGGUUCUAAGAGUAUCGACCAACACGGGCCAGUGGAAGGAGGCAGCCAGCAAAGUCACACAUGCCCUCGUCAAUGUUCGGGCCAUCAUCAACCAUUUUAACCCCAAGAUUGAGUCGUACGCUGCUGUGAACCACAUCUCCCAGCUGUCAGAAGAACAGGUGCUGGAGGUGGUUCGGUCCAACUAUGACACACUGACGCUCAAAUUGCAGGAUGGUUUGGACCAGUUUGAGAGAUACUCGGAGCAGCCCAAAGAGGCUGCCUUCUUCAAGGAGCUGGUGCGCUCCAUCAGCCUGAAUGUGAGGAAGAAUGUCUCUCUGAACACACUGAGUCAGGACGUCCUGCUCAAAGAGUUUUCCACCAUCUCCUGAAACAACCUCCAGCUCCCUACAGUUGGACUUACACAGUACCUUUCUGUGCAUGUGGACAUGUACACACACUGUCACACAUACUGUACAAUACAAACACCAAACCAGUACAAUCCUCCAUUGUUGUUCAAAUGAUCCGUCUUGUUUCCUCAUCGUCUGUCCCUCCUGUGACCUGAAUGAUGAAAACGGACACUGACAGGCUGGAUGCACCUUAAGGAAGGACGUGAGAACUCUCCAGACUUUUCUCCCUUUGUGGUCGUUCAUAUGUGUGUGUGAUACUUUAAGGAAGUGCCGGUGUGGCGCUGGUUCCUCGUGUGCAAUCUGCAGUAUUGGCUGGACUGUUAACUGACACAUGAAAGAUUGGAUUUCAUUGUUUUUAACCCAAAUAUUCAUGUUCAUCACAGAUGAUGAUGCAAGUAGUUUCUGCUGCUGCUGAUCACAGUACAUUGCUUAUGAUUUAUCUCUCUUCAGAAGAUUUAGGCUUUGGGUGAAACAUGUCUUUCCUAACACAUUUUGGUAAUGAGCCUUUUUGAGUUUGAAUCUCCUCUUUGAUUAGAGCAUUAACUCUGUCUCUGCUGCUGCUCGUGUGAAUGUUAACUGUCACCAUGUUCAAAACCAAUUUACAAGUAUUUUGUAUUUCUAUGUUUGCUAAUGGGUAGAACAUUCUGAGCAGUGAUUAAGUUUGAGAAUGCUCUGAAGUGAUAAAAAAAAAAUGUUUGCUUGUUGUUGCAAACUAUACUUUUGAACAAAGCCAUGACCAACAUUCACUACUGUGCAUCGCACAAGUAAUCUCUCCAUCAGUUGAACAAAUUAAUGUGUUAACGGCAGUGAUUAGCUUCAAAGGAACAAUGGUUAAACAUUAUCAUUCAUAAAGUGAUAAUUGCUGGUGUGUGUCUGGCAACUUUAAGUCUUAGUUUAGUAAAGGGGGAAAAAAGAAUAAUUCAUUCAACCUUUUGAAUUCAGCUUUGCUCUUUCUCGUUCAGAGCAUUUUUAAAGGAUUUUUUUUUUUGACUGGAAGCAGAUCUGAAUUAUGCAAUUUCUUCAAGUGUAGAGUCUUGUCCCUUUCAUCUCUAACUCCUCUAGGUAUAUUUAUGUUUCUUUUUUAAAUAAAGGUUGAUUUCUUACUACAA